CCGUCCGAAACCAAAACAAAAUUGAAUUAUCUAGGAAAAGCGCUGCAAAUUUUUGCGCUGCUUUCGUUCGUUCGUUCGAUUUAGAAAAGCGAAAAGCGAAUCAUUCCGUGUUUGCAGCUCGAAAAAGGUGCACACCAAUUCUGCCAUAGUGAAUAACUCAACUUAACUCGAAGACAACUCAACUCGUUGCGAGUGAUUCAAUUCAAAUACGGAGAUUUAGUUUCCAGUCAACGGACAACAAAAUGCAGCCCAACGAACAUCUCAAAAAAAUCAUGAAGAUAUUAAUCUUUGCAUUUCUCUGCACUGAAAUGCGCACAAGCUACACACAUCGCGAUGGCACAACAAAGCAGCGCGGCAUCGAAUCACCGAAUGGCAAUCGGCGUCAGAGUCGCGCUCCGUUCCAGGCAUCGAUACGCUUGAGGUCCCUCGAGGUGGACUACUAUGGCAAAGGGCACAUCUGCUCGGGUGCCUUGGUGGCAUCCUCUGUGGUGCUGACCAUGGGCAACUGUCUUUACAACAAUGCUAGCAAGAGCUUCUAUCAUCCCGCCGAGCUGCUCGUUCAGCUGGGCAGCAGACAACGCUUUGCGCCCACCGCACAGAGUCAGGUUUACGGUGUGACCCAUGUGUAUCAUCCACCCAAGUCUCUCUCGCUGGCCAUACUCAUGCUCGAUCAGGAUGUGCCAGCCGAUCAGUCCGAUAUUCAGCCCAUCGCAUUGGCAUCAACAGCUCCCCUUGGCAGCCAAUUGCUGCUGAGCAGCUGGGGAUUGACUACGGGCGAUGAGCAUCACGAUGAUCACGAUCAUCGGGAGCUGCACGAAAUGCUCAACGUGGCCGUCGACUGCAACAUCAAUCAGUACUGUAAGCCCAGCUAUGAGACGAAGAAGUAUCUCUCGUAUGAACUGGAUGCAGGUGCUCCACUCGUCGGCAAAGACAAUCGACUGUUGGGCCUGUUUAGCUCCACGCUAUCCUCGGACUCGUCUUGGACAUUUGUGGACGUGGCCAGUCAUGUGGAUUGGAUUCAGUCGAAGAUCGGCGAUGGCUCCACACAGAACAGCUCGUGGUGGGGCAUUCUAGGAUUGCUCGUCUUCACCGGUUAUGUGAUCAAGUGCAGUCGCAAGAGUUUUCUGUGAUUCUGUUCUGUGUAUGUGUGUGUGUGGGGAAUAUCCAAUGUUGGAUUGGAAAAUGUGAUAAUCUCUGUUAGGGGUAUUCCAAUGGCAAUGCCUGUUGCUAAUGCAUUUUUUCCUUUUUUUUGUGCCUUAUUUCUAAGUAGAAUAAUCGAUUUUUAGGAGCAAGUUUAGCUCGUUAUGAAAUGUGCAUUUCAAUAAACAAAAAUUGUAUAUUAGUGCUACAGUAAACACUCGCGAAUAAGUAACACUUUUUUCUAUUUUUAAAAUGUUGCAAAUUAUCGCCAUUUACUGUAAAAAAUAAAGAAUAUGUACUUAAGAAAUGAAAUUUGUAUCUCGAUAAAUAAUAUAUUAAUCUAAAAAUU